UUAAACUAAGCAUUAGUACGAGGUUGAAUCAAGUUGCAUUGUGCUCCUGAAUUUUAUAUUUUUCCAAAAUUUUCUUUUAUACCUAUUUUUUUUUAAAUUGCUCACUUUAAGAUAUUGAAUUGCACAGUGACAGCUUUUAGCAAACACAAAAAUGCCAAGUGCACUCGUUCUACUCGCCGAAGGUGCAGAAGAAAUGGAAACCGUCAUUACAGUCGAUGUUUUAAGACGGGGAGGAAUAGAUGUGACACUUGCAGGGAUUGAUGGUAGUGAUCCAGUUGUCUGCAGUAGACAGGUGAAAAUUGUUCCUGAUAAGAGUCUUGAUGAAGCUUUGAAAUCUGGUCCUUAUGAUGUGGUGGUUUGUCCAGGUGGAGCAGGAGGAGCAAAUAAUCUCUGUCAGUCUGCAGCAGUUGGGAAUCUGUUACAAGACCAAGAAAAGGGUGGACGAUAUGUAGCUGCUAUUUGUGCAGGUCCAACAGCUCUGAAAGCUCACAAGAUAUGUGGUGGAAUAACAGUUACAUCUUAUCCAAGUAUGAAGGAUAAAAUGGUGGACGGUGGGUACAAGUAUUCAGAAGACCGUGUUGUUAACGAUGGUAAGGUGAUCACCAGCAGAGGACCAGGAACAACUUUCGAAUUUGCUUUGAAAAUUGUUGAAAAAUUGCAAGGAGCUGAGAAGGCCAAUUCAUUGGUCAGUCCAAUGCUUGUCAAGAUGUGAUUGGAUAAUUUAGAAUGGCAGAGUUUGGUGCUUGUUUGUUGAUGUUCCCAUAGUGACAGAAAAGACUGAUAUAAAAAUUCAAAUGUGUGAAAAAGAUCACUAUAGCUCACAUAUUGUGGUUGAAUCAUAAAGACAUAUAUUAAACUAAAUCAUGUGUUAAUCUGACGAAUUAUAAACCUUUGUUGACUAUAGUGUAAAAAUUGUUUUUAGUUUAUGCUUUCUUUGAUAAACUCUGUUUUUAGAAUCUUUGUGAAGAAUUUGAUUAUAAAGAUGAUUUUCUGAAGGAAGAUUUAGUUUUUGUUCGAAGUAUGGACUAUUUAAUUUUUAAUUGAUCAGAUGAUUAUAGCACAAUUAAAAAUAUUUUUUUCCAUUGUCAUAUUUGAUUGAAAAAUUUUAAAUCUGUUACAGUGACUUGACUGUAAGUGUUGCUAUCCAAAUUUUUCAGUCUGACAGUUUUGAUUUGAUGGAAAAUUUGCAAUUUGGUCAGAUUUUGAAGAAACUGCAAUAGGUGGACAGUAACACUUACAAUCAAGUCUAAGUAAAUAUUUUUUUAUGUAGAAUCUCUGAAAAAAAUAAAUAGUUCAUGCGUCAACUGUGCCAUAACAUUUUUUGUUGCAUUGUUAUUUUCAAGUAUUGCCGGACAUUUAUAAAAUAUCAUGUUUUGUUGUUUAAAAAUAAAAAUUUGAUAAAAAAUAUUGUAUUUUGCAUAUCUUUAAGCAGUUAAUUCAGGCUAUUAUAAGGUUACACUUUUAGAAUAAGGUUGGCACAGUCUAUAAUCUAAAGAUAUUCCUACAAUCCAAUUCCAAGGAUGAUUCUGUGAUACAUAAGAUAUUUGGAAAAAAAUCUAAAAUUUAUUAUCAGACACACUUGUAAGAAAAGUUUGACUUUAAUAUAUUUCAUAAUUAAAUAACUGUUAAUCAAUUUUUCAUUAGCAUUUAAUUAUAGCUUUAUAUAAUAGCAAAAAAAAUUAUUGUGUAUAGAUAUAAGAAGAUGUGGUAUGAGUGCCAAUGAGACAACUAUGUCCCUGUAUUUGAUUUUUUUCCUACCAUAAUUACUUAUUUAAUGAUUGAAAGGGAGAUAAUAAUGUAACAAAGUCCAUAUCAAAAACUGAUGUAAAGCAUGUCCAGAGUUAUCUCCCAUGGAUACAAUAUAGAUUCUACAACUGCAUGGAGUGUGAUGCAAUAUUUCUUCAUUCAAGAGAGUAAAGUUUUCAAAUUAGAAAUAUAAGCAUGCCUAUCAUUCCAAAUGUCUAAAAUUUAACUGUUGAUAGUGGAGAAAUUGUAUUGCACAAUAUUAUGUGGUGGAAUCUUUCUCUUAGACAAUAAGUAAGCAAGCUUUAUCUUUCUUUUUCAUUGAUGUUCUUUGUAAAGUCUUCAGACACAGUUGCCUUUUUCAUGACAUUACAAUAGCAAAUUCAGAGGAAAGCAAGAAAAUUUGAUGUCAUUAUUGAAUUUUGGCCAAUGAAGAACUGAGAUUAAACAAUCAACAUUUUGAUUUAUAUAUUAUAGAAAAUAAUCAACAGGUCUGUUUGAGUAUAAAUUAGCAUCCAAUUAGAGAAAUCAUGUAUACAUGUAUAAUAUUUUCACAGAAUAUCUAAAAAAAAUAUUUAUCUUAUUACUUCUCAGAACUGAAAAUAAUUAAUAACUAUUGUAUACUUUUCUAUCAAAUUAAAAUUAAACAUCAAUGUGAUAAAGGUUUUAACACCUAAUACAAACUCUUUUUCUUAUUAGUGUGCCUGAUUAUUCAUGGGAGUAUUUUUCCAAACUUUUGAUGAAACAAAAAGUCUGCGAUUGAAAUUGUAUGGGAAUAAUACUAACAGCCCUUCUCUAGCAAUUGUCAAAUUUGAUAGCAGUUCAACAACUUAAUAAAUUCAAUUUCAAAAUUCUUUUGACUCUUUAGUAUUAUGAAAAGGCAAAGCCUUGUGAAUAAGUGCAGUAAUAAAAUAAAUAGAUGACACAGA